AUUGCAGGUAAUAAGAUCAAACGGUGUUUCACGUGUAGAUCUCGAGGUGAUCUCGGCGACUGCAAAGAUCCCUUCAUACACAAUGCAUCAAGUGUGGAUAACAUAAGAGGAAUAGAAGUGCCACCAUGUGCAUCUGGAUGGUGUGCAAAAAUAGUCGAAGGAAGUGGAAGUGUUCAUCACGCUGGCAUGGGUACUACUGAACGCAUGUGCUUACAGAGACCCCCAAAGGACGAAUUUCAAAGAUGUGCACCAACACUUUUCAUGGGGAAACGUGUGCUGUUGUGCUUUUGUAGAGGGGAUCUUUGUAACAAAUCAUUCAUUUGUAAAAGUCAUUUCAUCACUCAACUUUUCUCUGUUAUCUUAUCUAUCACAUUUUACAAGAAAUGGUCUUGACAAUACAAAUAAAAAUGUUCUAAAACUGUUGGCUUUUAUAAAAA